AUGCCACGAAGAUAUGUUUGUUUUACUGAAGAAAAACUUGAUGUUGCUAGAAAACUUUAUGCUAGUGGCAGAAGUGCAAAAGAUAUUAUGGAAGCCACUGGUGAAAGUCUUCGUUCAGCGCAGAAAUUCAUUUCCCACACUAGGUCCGAAUUUGUUGAUGGACCUCUGCGAAAUUUUGAACUAAACAAGAAAGGAAGAAAACCAAACAACAAUGGAGAGUUAUGGGACGCUAUAGAGAAUAUACUGGUGCAAGAAUGUACAUUGACCAUUCAGCAGAUUAUAGAAAGACUUCCAGGACAUUUGAAAUGCAAUCGCAAUAAAGUUGCAAAAGUGCUAAAACAGCAUUCAUACAAGAAAAAAAGAGCAAAGAAAAUUCCACAUGAACGAAAUUCGCGGGCGAAUAUUCAAGCUAGAAAAAUGUAUGCCACCGCAAUGGCAGCCGUGAAUGAUGAUAACAUGAUUUUUAUUGAUGAAUCAGGAUUUAACCUACAUUUAGGGCCUUUAUAUGGGUAUACUCCCCCAGGAAUCACGCCGUCAGUAGAAGUUCCUGGAAAUAGAGGUACCAACAUCUCACUUUUACUUGCAAUUGGUGCAAGUAAAAUUGUUGGAUUUUUUACAAGAGUUGGAGCUAUUAACUCUAACGAUUACAAAACUUUUCUUGAAACUGUUGUUUUGCCUCAAAUAGAAGACGAUAUUAUAAUUAUGGACAAUGCCCGCAUCCAUCAUGCCAAUGAUGUCUCUAACUUCUUUAGGGAAAAUAAUGUUAGGCACAGAUAUUUACCUCCUUACUCCCCUCAACUUAACCCGAUAGAAGAAGUUUUUUCAAUGAUAAAGUCAUCUUCGACCAAAGCCACGUACAGGCGAUAA